GACUUGAAUUCAACUUGGCACUCAAAUCUGAGACUAUAUAUAGAUAUCUCAUUAGCCUUUUCCGCCCAAAGAAGCUGAAAGCCUCUGUCUCAAACCUCAACAGCGAAGAGAGAAGAGAGAGGAGCCGGAACGAAGACUCUUUGCUUUAGCCUUUCCCUCUUUCUUGCCCAAGUUCGCGUUCCCUUCAGGCAAAUUCUCUCUUUCUUUCUCUCUCUCUCUCUCUCUCUCUCUAUAAUUUCCUAUAUAUGACUACUACACGUAAAUGAUACAUGUAUGUGUGUGUUAGUGUUUCUUUGGAAUCUGCUUUUUUUGGGACAACUGGGAAGUGCGAUUUUUUUUCUCUUUUUGUUUCACUUUUUCGUGAGUUUUAGUGAAGGUUGAGUAUUGGCGUUGUAGGGAAUUUUCUUCUUUUUUUUAAACCCUAGGGGACUGUUUGGCUACCGGGAAAGCAGUGGGAAAAUGAGGGGAAUGGUUGGGCCGGAGUGUUUUGGCUGCUUCUGCGGCAUUUUUUGCCUGAGCUAUGCAAUCAUCUGCUUCGUGUCGUCGUGGAAACUGCCAAAACGUUUCUGGCUGCCAAUUAUAAAAAAGUGAAGGAAUAAAGGUUUGGAAUUCUUGAAGCCGAUCUUUUUGGGGGAGUUGGUUCCUGUACACUCUGUUUGAUUGCUGAGAAAAUAGACUGGAGCCGGAGAAGAAAAAGAUAAUCUAUGGAGGGCGGCGCAGGAAAAGGUUUGGAAUGCCCGAAGAUUAUGGAUGGGAAGGCGAGUAACGGGAAGGGUUUGAAGAAGGCCAUUCCUUCUUGUUGCCUAAAAGCUAAGGCUUCGGCCCCUGAGAAUGAUGCAAAAUGCCAUUCAACUGUUGUUUCUGGGUGGUUCUCAGAACCUCAGUCAUGCUCUGAUAAAGCUGGCAAUCUGAUGUAUUUCAACAACCCGAUGUGGCCUGGAGAAGCACAUUCACUGAAAGUUGAAAAUAUUUUAUUCCAGGGAAAGUCUGAGUUUCAAGAGAUACUGGUUUUUGAGUCGUCAGCAUAUGGCAAAGUGCUUGUGCUUGAUGGCAUUGUUCAGUUGAGCGAGAAAGAUGAAUGUGCCUAUCAGGAGAUGAUUGCUCACCUUCCCCUUUGUUCAAUUGAAUCCCCCAAGAGAGUUCUGGUUGUUGGUGGUGGUGAUGGUGGGGUUCUUAGGGAAAUUUCUCGUCAUAGCUCUGUUGAGCUUAUUGAUAUUUGUGAGAUAGAUAAGAUGGUUAUAGAUGUGUGUAAGAAGUUUUUCCCACAGUUAUACGUUGGGUUUGAAGACCCUCGUGUCCAGCUUCAUGUUGGGGAUGCUGUUGAAUUUCUUAGACAUGUACCUGAAGGGAAGUAUGAUGCAAUUAUUGUUGAUUCAUCAGAUCCUGUGGGUCCUGCUCAAGAACUUGUCGAGAGACCAUUUUUUGAGACAACAGCCAGAGCUUUGCGUCCUGGUGGUGUUCUUUGUAACAUGGCUGAAAGCAUGUGGCUCCACACACAUCUUAUUCAGGAUAUGCUUUCUAUUUGUCGUGAAACAUUCAAGGGUUCGGUCCAUUAUGCAUGGGCAAGUGUUCCUACAUAUCCAAGUGGUGUGAUUGGAUUUCUAUUGUGCUCAACUGAGGGGCCACCUGUGGAUUUCUUGCAUCCUGUUAACCCAAUUGAGAAGUUAGAAGGCAAUCUCAAGUGUGGUAGAGAACUUAGGUUUUAUAACUCGGAGAUUCACUCGGCUGCUUUUGCAUUACCUUCAUUUGUGAGGAGGGAGGUGAGCAUUCUGCACAAUUCUCCAACCCCAGCACAACGAAUCUGUGUUUCUUAGCCAACUUUUAGCAGCAGUCCCUAUUUUAUUUUUAGGAUAAAGAAGAACAACACUUCCAGUAUGGGAAAAUAGCCAAUUAUCACAUAAUCAUAUAUAUGUAGAUGUUUCAACCAAGCUUUGGUCUUGAGGUUUUUGAGAAAAUCUAGCAUGUAAUAUGGCUCAUGGGUUCUCUCUCUCUCUCUCUCUCCCUAUAUCUAUAUAUGUAUAUGUAAAUGAGAGCUGUCUCUGUUAUGGGAAAACUCAAUUUGUGAUUGUGGGUUGUGUUUCUACUUUCAAGACACUGAUAAUGAGAUUACUUCUUGGGGAACACUCCUCUUCUAUUGCUUUGAAA